AUGACUUCGACUCACUCGAGUUUCCUACGAUCGCCUCUUGCCGAUGCAUUCACUUCCAUGUUAAAGUCAAGUGGCUCAUCAUCGUCUCGUAACAGUAACAAUGCCAACUCGUCCACCAAUGCAACUUCGACUGCUGAACAACAACCAUCCCAGCCCAUCAACAAGUUUCCCACCCAGUCAUCGUCGUCGUCGUCAUUGUCCCUGAAACCUCCAACGACUGCUGUACCUUCCUCAUCCGAGAAAAACAUGGUUCCAGACACCAGCGUAACGGCACAACAGCAACCAUCGUCUUCUUCGUCAAGAGGACCCGUAUCGUCUCCUUCUACUUUUCAACGCAAUAGCGCCAACAAUAUACCUCCUCGACCUUUAUCCGAAGUCAUUCGAUCAGAGAGUCAUAUUUCUCCUGAAGGUGAAGCGUUGAGGAAUCUACAAGAGUAUGAGCGUAAUUUAAACAGCAUGGCAUCGACCAAUCUGGAUACGUGGUUCAAGGACGACCUCGAUCAUGUGAACAAAUGGUUCUCCUCACUCAAUGAUGUUGAACGAACCGCAACAGUAUACGGCUUAUUGCAACAACUCAACCGUGUACAAAUCCGUUUCUUUAUGACCAUUUUACGCCAAAUGGGACAAGAAGAUCCAGUGGAAUCCCUCUUAUCGCCAGCGUAUCCUGAUAAAGCCGAUGUUAUGCAAGCCCAGUUGGCUGGUGCUAUGACCAAAGCUGAAAUGGAAGCUAGUCAGAAGUUUAUGUCUGUGUUACGACCCUAUCGCACACCAUCCUCUGCGGCAGCCGCAGCAGCCGCAGCAGCAUCAUCCAUGAACCAUCGUAGCAACACUGGCAAUGGAGGACAAGGAAACAUGGUGGAUCAUUAUCGACAUUCGUAUGCUUUGGGUGAAGCGGAUGAACAACAUGCAUUAUUCAGCAGCAACAAUCUUGGCAGCAAUGACUUUUUAUCACCAAGGCCAGCAUCCGCUCAUUUUGGUAUGACAGUGGGUGAUUUAAUGCCUACAUCGACAUCAUCAUCAGCCUCUUCUUCAAGAUUGAAACCUACCACUGCACCUACAAGUCCCUUGUUUGGCACCAAUGCAAGACCAAGAUCGGUGAUCGAAGGCGAUCUUUCAUCCAUCUUUAAUGGUGGUGGAGCAGCAGCAGGAUGGUCAUCAUUUGGUGUGGCAGGUGCAAGGCCACAAGGAGGAAAUGGUGGUGGUGGUGGUGGCAUGGUGGGCAGCGGUAUGAUGGAUCAUAGGACUGGUGGUCGACCCAAAUCAGCAGACAUUUCCAGUUGGUCAUUUGGCCAUCAUCAUAACAGCGAUCCUCAGCAGCAGCAGCAGCAGCAGUCUCUUUCAUCAACAGCCGCGGCAUGGAACAAUCCAUUGUCCCCCACUCGUAGCACUUUUUUGGAACAUGCCAAGACGAUUGAACGACCCAACUCGGCAUCAGAUAUCGAUCAUCAUCAAUACAUGCGGAACAACAACUUUGGAAGAACCAUGUUUCUCAAUGAUCCCAAUGAUAAUGCUCGUCUCAAUACGCCUCCUCCACGUAAUCGCCGUCCAAAUAGCAUGAUUAUACCUGGAACUGUACCAGAAUCAGAUGAGCGCCAAUUUGCCGAUAUUGUCCUAUCCACUUAUCAUCCUUCGCCUAUGCCACAAAAAAGUACAAGUGCUUCAUUGAUGGCUGCUGCCGCUGCUGCCGCUGCCGCUGCUGGUGCUGGUACAACGACUACUACGGGUACUACUAGUACAGCAACAGCUACUUCACCCAUGUCAAACUAUCGUCAACAACAACAACAAUCAUCUGCCAUUCCCACGUCUUCCACUUCAGCUACACUUGCAACACCUUAUUGGGAUCAUCAACCUGUACCUUCCCGAAGUGGCAACAAUAGUACCAAACAACGACAAGGUGGUAAUGCUGGCUAUGGCCGUUUCUUGAAUCCCAAUGAUUAUCCACCUGAGGACUAUCUUAGUGACCAUAGUGAAUCGUCGCACAUGAGUGGAAGUCGCUAUAAUCAUCGACAGCAGCACAACAACAACAACAACAAUCAACAACAAGGAGGUGGAAGAAAGAAAAUGUUUGGUCGUAGCAGCGGUGGAGGAUCCUCUAGCAACAACAACAACAAGGAGAAAAAGUACACCGAUGCUGUGGAUAUGCAGUUAUUGGAAGAUGUUCCUGCGUGGCUCAGGAGCUUGAGACUACACAAGUACAACCCAAUUUUUGAGACCAUGAAAUGGCAGGAGAUGAUCCGGUUGGAUGAUGAAGCGCUGAGCGUCAAAGGUGUGGCAGCACUGGGUGCUAGAAGGAAGAUGCUCAAAGUCUUUGACCAAGUCAAGCAGCAUUGUGACAAGAAUAAUAUACCCUACUGA